CGACUGACCUAGAGAGUGAAGUAAUCCUUGUACGCUGUGGAAAAGCACCACACAUAGAAGCAGAGGUGGAGUUAUCUGGCCAUAAAAGACCUCUCUGUCUGGACUUUGGCCUGCAGCCAGGUAGCAGCAGCAGAGACGUGUCAGACCAGGUACACCAGAGAGGCACCCUUCAUAAACUCUACACUGAGCUUCUAAAACUGAGAGUCUUGUGACUCCUGAAGGACAUGUUGUAAAUCACUUAAAUAUACAGUCUCUUCAGGACCUCAUGUGCGGACUUUAAGCUGAGUCUUGAAGAUAAAAGCUGGACUUUGACUCAGAAGUCAUCAUAUAUAGUCGAGGAGAGGGAAAAGAAGGUUAUUUUACCUAACGGAGAGAGGAAGAGAGAACGAGGCCAUGGCCAUGUGGAGGACAGCGGGAGCUCUGCUGCUAAUACUACAUACUGUGUUUGGCCAAAGCACAAUUAGAUGGUGCACCAUCUCAGAUCCUGAGCAGGGGAAAUGUCAGGCCAUGUCAGACUCUUUCGCCCAAGUCUCCAUCCGUCCGUCACUCAGCUGUGUCAAGGGAUCGACAGUCGAGGGCUGUGUUCAGAAACUACAGAAUAAAGCAGCAGAUGCCUUGUCCAUGUAUGGCACUGAUGUCUACAACCUGGGGAAGACUGCCUCCUUCAAGAUGGCCGCCAGUGAAACAAAAGCUGAUCGUACCGGUGCCUCCUACUAUGCAGUUGCUGUGGUGAAGAAAGCAAAUUCUGGCAUCAACAUCAACAAUCUGGCAGGAAAAAAGAGCUGCCACACCGGGAAAGGCCGGACAGCCGGCUGGAAUAUGCCUUUAGGCUACCUCAUAGACCAGGGCUACAUGUCUGUGGAGGGCUGCAACAUCCCACAGGGUGCAGCACAUUUCUUUAAUGCCAGCUGUGUCCCCGGAGCGAUUGAUGACCCUGAAUCUCUGUGUCGGCUGUGCAAAGGAGAUGAUCUCGGAAAUAACAAAUGUGCCUUGAACGACAAAGAGAGAUACUUCAGCUACGAAGGAGCUUUCAGGUGUCUGGCUGAAGAUGCAGGAGACGUGGCCUUCAUUAAACACACAACUGUUGGGGAGAACACUGAUGCUCACUCUCCACCCUGGGCUACUUCCACUCUGUUGUCAUCGGACUAUGAGCUGUUGUGUCGUGACGGCACCAGGGCGCCUGUCUCUGACUGGCAAAGAUGCCAUCUGGUCCGCAUCCCAUUUCGUGGGAUCGUUGUCGGUGAUCACGUCACUCCCACAGUGGUGUACAACAUGCUGACAGAAGGCCUGGAAAAGUCUGGCUUCGGGAUGUUUGCUUCUACCACGUUUGGAGGAGAAAAUCUACUCUUCUCUGACUCAUCCAUCAUGUUUAAUGAGGCCGUGUCAGACCCCAUCAAGUGGUUGGGUCACUACUAUAAUAAUGCCCUGAGAGCCAUGGACUGUAAACCUGAAGCUGUUCUCCGGUGGUGUGUGUUGUCCGGCGGUGAGCAGCAGAAGUGUGCUGACAUGGGCGUGGCCUUCAGCAAAAAAAAUCUGACUCCAGUUAUCAAGUGUGUUUACGGAGACUCUGUGACUGACUGCAUGAAGAAAAUCAAGAACAAUGAAGCUGAUGCUAUCACUCUGGAUGGAGGUUAUAUCUACACAGCAGGCAAAGAGUACGGCUUGGUCCCUGCCACCGGCGAGAGCUACACAGAGGACCGUGAUGGCUCCAUGUACUAUGCAGUGGCGGUGGUGAAAAAGAGUAGCCUUGACAUUCGUAACCUUGACGACCUGCGUGGCCUUCGCUCCUGUCACACCGGAUACGGUCGCACGGCUGGCUGGAACAUUCCCGUAGCAUCGCUGAUAGAGAGAGGCCUGAUCAGCCCUCAGCAGUGUCAGAUACCCCAAGCGGUAGGAGGAUUCUUCAAGCAGAGCUGCGUACCAGGUGCCAACCAGCCCGGCUUCCCCAGCAACCUGUGUGGUCUCUGUCCGGGCGACAAAUCAGGACAGUACAAAUGUGAGAAGGGAAAAGACCUGUAUGACGGAUACGACGGUGCCUUUAGGUGUCUGGCAAUAGGAGAUGGAGAUGUAGCUUUCGUCAAACAUUCUACUGUCUUCCAAAACACAGAUGGUAACGGUGAAUCAUGGGCAGUGAAUCUCCGAUCUGCAGAUUUCCAGCUGCUCUGCUCUCAGAACACUAAAGCCGAGGUGUCACAGUACAAAUACUGUAACCUGGCCAGGGUCCCUUCUCAUGCUGUGAUGGUACGGGCCGACACCAACAUCCACGCUGUCUACGGACUCCUGGACCGUGCACAGACAUUUUUCGGCAGUGACGAAGGCACUGAUUUCAGGAUGUUUGACUCGAAGGCCUACAUGGGCACAGAUCUCAUUUUCAAAGACUCCACUGUUCGCCUCGUGGGCGUCGCUGACAAGAAGACCUACCAGGAAUGGCUGGGUCAAGGCUACAUGGACUCGCUGGUUGAGCUGGAGUGUAACUCGUCCAGUGCAGUGAAGUCCUCUGUGUGGCUGUUGCUGCUGGCCCUGUCCAGCUUCAUGCUGACCAACCUCUGCAUGUAACCAGUGUCCAGCCUCCUCUCCUACUCCCUUCCCUCCCCCAUUCCUCUGUUCCUCAUCCCUCUAUAUUUCCUGUUUCCCUCCUCUCGCUCCUUCUUUAAAUCACCCAUCAUGUCUUCAGUCCAGUCCAGUUUAUCCCUAUUUUGCUGGAGUCCCUUUUAUCCUGGAAUCUGUGUGGAAUAUUUUUUCCUUAAAUGUCAUGAUUUCUACCUGAUUGAGCGUUAUUUAAAUAUGUAAGAGGAUGGCAUGUUGUAACUGCCUUUGGAUCUAAAUUGUGCUAAUGUUGAAGGGAAGCACAUUGACUCUUGUUUUUGUGGAAGAUAAGAGAGUUUAGUUGCCAAAGCUCUGUCAGCCCGUGUGAAUGAGACAUGAUGAGAGAAGGUGCUGCUGCCACUUUGUUUACUGAAGGUGAGCUGCCAUAUCAGUGUGUAUGCUGCCACCUGUUACAUUGCUUUAGUGGUCUGUGCCUGUCUCUCCAAAGCUAGUCUGAAAAAGAAGAGACAAUCUGAUUUUUAACCUCACAUGAGCUUCAUGUAUGCACUCAAUAUUGGUCUAGAAUCAAAAAGUUGAUUAGCUUAGCCUAGCCAAACCUUAAAGCACCCCUAGUACCUUUAAAGAUAUACUAUGCAGGAUUUUCUUGAAAAAACAAUGUAACAAAAUAAGUAAUUCCUCGUAAUCAUUACUGCCACUCACCAGAAGUGAGUGGCAGAUACAUAUAGAUCUGCUUGUAUUCUGCUUUCCUUUCAUUUUGCUGUGUUUUUGACAUUUCUGCAUUACGAAGCUACAAAAACAGAGGACACAGCACCGAAAAAAAACUAAUAUAGCAAGGCGACAAGCCAAGAGGACAAAGCUUGUCGAAUAAUCUCUCUAACAAGAGUAAAUUUGGGGUUUGCUGGGGAUAAGGGGCGGAGAUUAAAUGUUUUGUUUACAAACAGACAAUUCCUGCAUAGUGUGCCUUUAAGACUGUAUUAGACAGUUACCAGAAUAUGUGCAUAACAUUUUCAAAAGUCUUCAUGUGAAUAUAGGAGUCAGAUUGCUGCUCUGUUUUGCUGCAACUUGCUCUAUGAGUACUACUAACCAACACAGCCUUCCAUUUGUGUAAGCUGUGUUUCUACUAUAAGCUAAUGCCAUAUCAGUGAAUAUGCACUAGAGUUGCCUCCACACAGAGCUGUGCUGGGGAUCGUGUGAUAAUGAGUGACUGAAUGUUUGUCCAGAGGCUGUCUGCUUCAUGUUUUCUCCUCAAAUACCUGGAAUCAAGAAGAUAAGUGAUUAUGUUAAUCUGGUUUGACUAUUAUUCUUUGUUGGAUUUUUGAUGGGAACUGCUUUAGCAGCAGAUAGUUAGCAUGCCCUGCUUUUCCAGCAUUUCAAUCUAUAGAUUUUGACACAAAUGGAGCGAGUCACUCUGACACAUUUGUCAGUUUCCAUAAGAUUUGGGGAGAACAUAAAGAAAACAUGGAGAGUGAAUGAGUUUUUGUUUGUCUGGAUGGUUUAAAUCAAAGAGGAGUUUGUGUCCGUUGAGGUAAGGCAACAGGGUUUAAUAUGUUUAAGUAAUUUCUUAACUUUUUAUAGUGUGAAAAAGGGUGAUUUACUUGACUUUGACUAGUAAUGAAUGUAAUCCAUUUUGGUUUGAGAAGGGAUUAAGCUUUCUAUCUUUAGUCAUGUAAGAAUGUCAAUGGGAUGUAAUGCAGUUAGAAGAAAGAACAUGUUUAAGUCAAAUCUGCUCUCAUGUCCUCUAACCCAAACAACUCACUCCAGAAAUGUCUCUUUCCAACUCAAACUCUUGUUAUAUCUACUGUACUACCUGCUGCUUGAUGCUGUUUGCUGUUUAAAAAAAUGUUGAUUGGAUGUGUAUUUACCUAUGUUGAGAGAUUUAUUUUUAUAUGAAGCUCAGAUGCCAUAUCAGUGUAUAUGUACUGACUCAUGCUGUCAGAAACGAAUGCCUUCUCUUCCUCCUAAUAGAGAUUUAUUUCUAUGUGAAAUGAUGUAACAUGUAACUAAUAUUUAGUUGCCAGACCAGUGAGUCUGCACAAGUAUUGCUACAUAAAACUGCUGACUUAAGCUGUUU